AUGUCUCGCUACGGCGACUACCGUCGCUCCACGGGGGCUCUUGACGAUGACCGCUACCCGCAUGAGCGACGGGAGCGUCACCACCGUCACCGUUCGCGCGCCCCCUCGGUGCUUGAUCGCCCCCGCCGAUUCGAAGAGGAUGAACGUUUCGAAUACCGCCUCCAAGAACAAGACCGCUACGGUCCCCCUGCUCGUCGCCCCGACAUUGUGUACCAGGACGAUCAUCUGAUCCACCCGUCUGGUCCCCUGGUUGCCUACGAUCGCCGUCGUGCGGAGAGCCCUCUGCCUCGACCUCGACUUCUUCGGCGACAAUCCUCCCUGGACACAUUUGAUCGGAUCCCCACGCGCAAGUUAGACGAAUAUUACUACAGUGACCGACCUCCCAGACUAUCUCCAAGCCCGCCACCCCGCCGUGGAUCUUACCAUCGAACCCGCGAACCAGACUACUACGAGGAAAUCAGCAUUGCAGAAGGGGACUAUGGAGAGGAAGAGUACCGGGGCUUUCGCGAACGGAGCGUGGGACGUCCCCGUCGCUCAGCAAGUCGUUUUCGUGAGAGACGAGUUGAAGAAAUCGAUGUGGAAAAACCGUAUCCUCGGAAAGGCAAGACUCGCAUGCCCCGCAAGAUGGUUCAUACCACUGCGAUCCGCGAGCUUGGCUACCCGUAUGAGGAAGAGCUGGCUCUGUCCAAAGAACAAAUUGAUGAGGUCAUUGGGAGAAGUCGCGAGAUCAAGCGCCUGACCGAGACACGCGUUAUCCACACCAGCUCGCCGUCCCCAGUUCGUGCCCGCCGUCGAGACAGAACUGUGGAGCGAGUUCCCAUGGAGGCCUAUACCCCUAGGACCAGCCAUGACACUCUUAUCAUCGAGGCGUCGCCGUCGCGCCAUCGAUCGCAUUCGCGCCACCACCAUUACCACCACCCCCAUGGUGAGCUUCUGGAAAAGAAAGUGACCAGGACUGUAUCCCGCACCCGAGACAUUUCGGUCCAUGGACGACCCCGUCGUCGAUCGUCGCCAGUACGCAGAUAUGAGCGUUACGAGGAGCAGCCUAGCAAGAUUCACGCUGGGCCCCUGGCAGUUGUGGUGCGGCCCCGCGACAGUGACGAAGAUCUGCGGGAAUAUGCGCUUGAGCGACGUGGCAGCGGAGAAUAUGUCCGAGACACGGAGAUCAUUGGGGAUGGGGUUGCGGAGGAGAUUCAUGAAGUGAAGAGAGAGCGCAGAGGUACGGAACAUAUGUCGGUCCAAUCACCAAUUUGGAUGCUAAUGCUUUUUUCAGGUCCCAGUUCUCGUAUGAUGCGUGCGAUGAUGGCGACAUUGACGUAA